AUGAAGAAAUAUGAGCUAGCAGAAUUAGUGCAGAAAAAUAAAAGUUUGGAUAAAUCAUAUAAGGUGGAUGAAAUAUUUAAAACACAUGGGCACAAUGUGCUUAGAUUGCCGCCGUACAUGUGCGAAUUAAAUCCAAUUGAGUUAGCAUGGGCGAAAAUAAAAAGGAUUAUUCGAGAAAAUAAUAACUCAACUUUAUCCGGUAUUAAAUUAUUAAAUUUAACAACAAAAGCUGUUGACGAAAUAACAGAAGAAGAUUGGCGAGGAUUCUGCAAUCAUGUGCAGAAGAUUGAAAAGAAAUACAUCCAAAGAGAUGAAGAAACGGAAAACAUAAUGGAACAGAUAUCGGAAGAAGCAGAUGCAAUGAAUGCUACCAGUUGCAGCAGUGAUAGUGAUAGUGAUAGCGAUAGUAGCAGCAACAGCAGUCUUCAAGAUGAGUAA